CACUCCGUCUGAUGUGAUGUUCACCCCGCAACAGCUCGGCAGUGCGGUGGCACGCCGCUGCUUCAGCCUGACACAUCGCUGCGCUCCACCAAUAAAAGGCAAACUUUACCAAACUGUUACGCCGCCUGCUCAGGGCCAGUCUAACCAGGGCUUUGUUUUAAACUCCAGUGCUUGUCACUUGGUAGUUGGAGAGAGACCCAGCGUCGUGAUUUACCGCCAGUCUCGUGACAGGUUAAUUUCCAUGGAAACAGUGCUCGAGCGCUGAGAGGAAAUUGUCCGCGUUAACUUCAGCAUCAACCUCCCCAACAGGGUCGGACAAACCUGUUGGAUAUCCAUAAAUAUUUGUUUUUCUUUUGAGGUUUACUUUUCUGUGUUUUCAGCAGCAGACAGGUGAGGAUGAUGGAGCCCAAAACAGAGAAGAAGUUCCACAACUUAACUCUUGAUCAAGUCCAAGCUCUCGACAAAGUGCUGACCGAGGUGAUCCCUAUCCAUGGACGGGGAAAUUUCCCCACCCUCCAGGUGAGAGCAAAGGACAUCAUUCGCGUGGUGAAGGAUCGGCUGAUGGAAAGAGACAUCCAGGUUAAAGACAUACGCCUUAACGGAGCGACCGCCAGUCACGUCCUGGUGAGGGACAAUGGCCUAGGCUACAGAGACUUAGACAUCAUCUUUGGAGUAGAACUGCCCAGACAGGAGGACUUCCAGGUGAUUAAGGAAGUGGUGCUGGGCAGCCUGCGAGACCUCCUCCCGUGUGGGGUCAACAGGCGGAAGAUCACAUGUCUCACAAUGAAGGAAGCAUACGUGCAGAAGAUGGUGAAAGUUUUCAAUGAGCACGACAGAUGGAGCCUGAUCUUGCUUUCUAACAACAGGGCUAAAACGGUGGGGCUCAGGUUUGUCAGUUCCCUUCGCAGGCAGUUUGAGUUCAGCGUGGACUCCUUCCAGAUAAUCCUGGAUCGCAUGCUGGAGUCCUACUGGGAGACUGAAAGGAAACAAGAAGGGAAGAUGGUGCUGGAUGCUGGACGUUUGUCUAAAGGUGACAGCAACAAGGAUGAUGACAAAAAGCGAGAACAAUCAUGUGGUCCUGAAAGUGCCGAAGAGGGGAAAGAUUCAGCAAUGACUGCUAGCUUGGAUCCUCCCCAUCUUGAAGAGGCCAUUUCUGGAUUAGCUAAAGAUCUUCCAUGUGGAGAGGAAGAUGGAAGGUGUGAGGCGGAGCAGGUGUUGGAACCUGUAAGAGACCCUGUGCAGCAGGUGGAAGAAGACGGCCUUGAGGAUGUUCAUUCAGAGGAGGACAUAUCAGAAGUGUUUGAACUUUGUGCAGAAAGCGGAGAACAAAAAGAAUUGUUUAGUCAUGAUGUCCCCUUAGAACCAGAACGUUUAUCCACAGAUGGCAUGGAUCCACUGGUGACACAUGCAUGUUUAAAACUACAGAGUGAUGAAGACCUGCGCAAGGCACUGGUUUCUGAGUCUGUAGCUGCUGAAAAGUCUGCUUCACGGGAACAAACCCGUGGUGAAAAUAGUUCACAGUUAAAAGUAGACACCGCGUUCUGCAGGACUGAAAACUCCUCAGCUCCACAAGAUUCACCAUUUGAAUUUUCCUUUCCUCCUCCAGCUAAAAAGACUUGCAGUACAUCACAAGAUAUCAUCCCGGAGUACUGCCCUUUACCGAAAUUACAAAGAAAAAUGUCUCGGAAGCUGAUCAACAAGCCUGAAAAGUGGUCUCUACUGACCGAUGUAUCUGACCUUACGACGCAGCUCUUUCCACCCUUACAAUUACUCAAACCUCUCGAGGAUAAUGCACAAACUCAAGGCUCAAAUUUUUUGUGCUCAAAGUCAGAACACACUGAAGGAAAAGAGGACCCUACGGUACCCACAAUCAUUCCAGUCGGUGCACUUCAGGAAGGGAUGGGUUCUGGUGAAAAUGCAAAGCGAAUUGUGAGGCCGAAACAGUUAAAGAAGCCUCCCGAUUUAGAGGUUCUAAGUCAGACAUGUGCACCAAACAUUUCCUCAAAAGCCGAGGAAACUUUUGAGGCAGCAGACACUGUCCCAAAUGGAUCAGACGCAUGGGUCAGGGCAGAAGGCGAGCCCAUCCUCACCGUUGAAGCUGAAUGCAUGUAUGGGGACUUUGAGCAGGCGAUGGACCACCUUCGACAUCGUCUCAUUGCCACCCACAACCCUGAGGAGAUCCGUGGAGGCGGACUGUUGAAAUACAGUGACCUGCUGGUGAGGAACUUCAGGCCGGCCAGCGAGGCUGAGAUCAAGUCUCUGGAGCGUUACAUGUGCUCCCGCUUCUUUAUCGACUUUCCCGAUGUGAGCGAGCAGAAGCGUAAAAUCGAGGCUUACUUGCAGUGCCAUUUCAUCGGCAGUGAGGAGGCAAGCAAAUAUGACUAUCUGAUGACCCUUCGGCGAGUGAUAGAUGAAAGCACGGUGUGUCUGAUGGGACACGAGAGGAGGCAGACCCUUAACAUGAUCACGGUCCUGGCUCUGAGGGUGCUGGGCGAACAGAACGCCAUCCCCAACACAGCAAACGUCACCUGCUUCUACCAGCCGGCGCCUUACAUGACGGAGCCCAUUUACAACAGCUACUACAUCACUCAGGCCCAGCCCCCGUUGGUCUACCACCCCUACCCGCUGCAUGUCCACAUGCAAACUGGACUAGUGUAGCUAAACUGCUCUCGUGUUGGCAUGUGGCCUGCUUUCAGCAUGGUGCUCUGCAAACAGAGGCACAAAUGGAAGAUUUAGCAACAACAGGCAUCCUCGGGUGCAGUGUUCAUGUUUUUAAACCCCUCCUGCUUAUAACAUGAGAGAUGAUGAGAGGUCAGGACUGAGAAAGACCUGGAGGUGGACGUGCACCCUGUCAAAGACCUGUCGGAGAGGAUUUUCAAAUCAAAGUUGAAGGACUUUUUGGUUCAGAUUUGGAGGGCUCUGUGCCGAUGCUGUACUGAAGGGGUUGUAAUGUGCUCGGUCUUUAUGGCUGGACUUCUCCAAUCUAUGAAAUAUAUCCCGUCAAACACCUGAUGGCUUCUAAAAUCUUGGUUUUGGAUCAAGUUUGAGUCACGAUGAGAAAAGCCACUGUUGUGCUGUUGUGAAUCAUUCGUCUCUAUGGAGUAAACGUGUGACCAUAUCUGUGUGGACGUAACAGAGUUUCUGUGGGUAUAAAUUAGAUUGUGGUACUUUCAUAAUGUGGUAAAUUGUGUAUUUGUGAACGUUCAGAGGAAGGUUUUGUGUUUUCUUUGACUUAAAAAAAAUUAGCCGAUGAGGAAAUGCUUCUGCUAAGAUGCUAAAAACAAUCCGAUUUUUUAAUUAACCGAAGCUAAAAGUAGUGUAAAGCUGAAGCGACGUGAGAAAAUAUAGUAAAAAUAUAAGUUUUAGUAAACACACGUAUUACUGUUCUUGCUUUUUCUUUCAAUAUUCAUUAAUGAUUCAGUAAUUUAAACUCACAAUUGCUGGGCCUUCUUUUUCAAUUAAUGUCUACAAUCUAGACUAUCACAGUUGGUAUUGUGCUCACUGAUAUUGCUUUGUAUAUUUUUGUUUUAUUGUGUGACUCAAAAACAGAACAAAUGUUUCCAAUAUUUUAAAACUUAAUGUCAAAAUAAGAUUGUUUUUAGUUGGUGGUUUUUCUGGUUUUGAGGAGGUUUGUUUUUGAAAAUGAAGCAGUCGAUUCAACAGCGCCGAAAAACAGCUGAGGUUGAGACUAUAGGGGGCAGCAGCGCUAGCCUGGCCUGCCAGACUUCUCCUCUGUUUAAUUCUGCACAGAGAAAGGGUCUGGGAACUCUCCUAUUCAAAUAACCCCACCCCGUGAGAAAUCUAACCGAGCCAAUCAGCGCUGAGUGGCGUACGUCACACACCACAUUGCCGAGUUUGUUGAACAUGGCGACUGAAGCGGAGUUCACUGCGGCUCUUUCCUCUGUUCUAAAUGACUUGAAUGUCUUUAAAACAACAAGUAGAAGCGCUAAAAGCCUUUCUUGUAAAGAAAGAUGUUUGCGCUGUUGCCAGACGCCAUUUUUUACUACAGCAAUAAAACUACAGCGUUGCUGACGUCACACACAGCGACACUCAGUUUCUCAUAAACAACAAAGACAGCGGCGGGGUUCGCUGUGGCUCUUUCCUCUCUUCUAAAUGACUUGAAUGUCUUUAAAACCACAACAAAUAGAAGCGCUAAAAACCUUUCUUCUAAAAAAGUAAAAGAUGUUUGCGCCAUUGCCAGACGUCUUUCUUUUUACUACAGCUAAAAAACUACAGUGUCACGCAGUACAGUUCGCAUUUCCGUCUUUUUUCUGGUUGGUUAUUUUUGAGCUGCCUAGUCCCGCCCCUCAUUUGUCUCUCUGCCUGUGAGUUACCAGACUAGUUCUCUGUGCAGAAUUAAACAGAGGACGAGUCUGGCAGGCCAGGCUAGCAGUUCCUAAAUCAUUGCAGUCAAUCAAUAUUUUUGUGUUACUAAGACCAUACCAUCAGAUGACCAUUAGGCCCAAAAAUCACAGAGAGCGCAAUUUUUGAACGAGUACUUCGUCAACCUCCAGCAAAAUGACGGACUCCCGUUCAUCACUGACAAUGAGUGAAAAGGUAUAUGUGUAAAACAACAACGUUUAUAAAUGGCAAAAGUUUUGUAACAGCUUGUUACUAAUCAGUAAAUGUGUUUUGUCAUCCUGGGCUCACGUAGAAGGAAACAUGGCGUCUAAUAUUGCGUCCCCCAGAGACUAAGACCCGCUCCCGUGUGUUUUAGACUCGGUUUAUAUGGUUAUUUGUUACAAAGCUGCCAAUAUUUUUUAAAAACUGAGCAUCAUUCAAUCAAUUUUCAAUAACAUUUCAUUGGAUAUUUCCAGAGAUUAAUGGUAAAACUACACAUUGUCACUUAAAUUCUUAUAUCUUCUUGGUAUCUUAACUAAAAAGCAGAAAUCUGCUCAAUUACCAGCUUAAAAGUGACUCAUUUGAAUUAAAACAGCAAUGAACUGAAACUUCCUCUAGGUUAAGUAUACAGAUUGUGUGGCUAACAUGUGGAGUGUUUUAUUUUUUUCUUUCUGUGAAUUCUUGCAUCAAUAAUAAAAAGCUCCAAAAGAUCUCCCAUGAUCAGCACGAUGAAAGAUCCACGACAGAGUUCACCUCAAGGUCUACGUUAGAUUCUUGUCUCCUUUUGGAGUCAGGCGGUGAUGGUUCUGUUUGUUAGCAGAAUCUCACAUGGAUCACUCACUGGAUGCUCGUCUGCUGUUGGUUAACUCUUAACCCGAAUCAGGAUGGCUACCACCGCUGAUCGAGAUCUCUGAACUCUGGCUCCAUCACUUCUCAAAGCUCAUUUCAUGUGAUGCUCACAGACUGUGUGCAAUGUUUGCAGUACUGGAUGAAGUGUUAUUCCUCUCCAUCUCCAUGUGGUUGUUCAGAAACAGUGCUUAGUGUUUUAAACAAAGGUCACACCGAUGCACGGGUGAGGACAUGUGACCUCACGACGAUCGAAGCACAAUGUAAAUGAACUUAGAUAUUGUGGAGUCAUGGAGGUGUUUGACAUGCUUGUGAAGUAUAAAACUGCUUGUUCCAAGUGUAACUUAUUUAAGGUUUGUUGUGUGCUCUAGAGGAACUGUCAUAAUUGUAAAAAAUAUAUAAAACGAUCAAAUAAUCAUGUUAUGAUCUGUUGUUGCUCACACUGUUGUGUUAAUGUGACAAUAAAUGUAAUAAAUGAGAUUUCUGUUCGUAGUUUUCUCUUCUAAUUCUCUGUUUUAGUGUUUAAGAUUAAAGGAUGGAUCUCAUGCCUUUAUCUCUCGCUGCUUUGGGCAAGAUAUUGGUACAUUGGUCAGCCAUAACAUUAUGACCACUGAAAUUUUUGCGGGUCCCUCUUUUGUCUUGUCAAAAUGAUGACAAAGAACAACCUGGAACUUCUGGUCGAGGUUGUUGGGGCAGCAGGAAGGUACAGUCUCUGCAAAUUCCACCAGUUGCCAUCAGAAAUUUAGGAUUUUUAUUUUUAGACGCAUUUGUACAAAUACUAUCGCAGUGAUCAGAAAUUUACAAUCAGCACACUCCUGGUCUUCUUCAUAAAGAAUGUUUCGUUCAGACAUGACAGUGAUAGUUAAGUGGCUUAAAUGACUAUAAAAAGCUUUCAAAGGCUAAAACACUGCCUACUGUCAAGCACGGCGGUGGUAACAACAUGAUUGUAGUGCACAAAGUGAAUUAAAUGCUUGCUAGAUGGUCGGGUUUCAGAGAAAACUAUGAUCCUAAUCAGAACUUGUUUUUAAUUGGCUAAAACAGGCUAGCAUUAGCUCUCUGUUUACAACCCCAUCUUAACUUGAUUGAACAGAUAUCGCAGGAAACCAACCAAUUUAAAUAAACUCUACCAAAAAUAUACUGACAGAAUUACAGGUGCUGUCAUAAAAUUUGAAUAUCAUGACAAUGUAGGUUUAUUUCAGUCAAUCCAGAUUCAUUUUUAAAAACAGACUUGGAUAUUUCAAAUGUGUAUUUAUUUUAUUUUUGAUUACUGUGACAACUAAUGAAACUCCUGAAUUCAAUAUCUCAGAAUAUUACAAUAUCGAUUAAGAGCAAUGCAAAAAAAAAAAAAAAAGGACUUUCAGAAAUGUUGGUCAACUGAAAAGUAUGAACAUAUACUCAAAAUGUAGUUGGGGCUCUUUGGCCUGGAUUACUGCAGCAAUGUGACGUGGCAUGGAGUUCAUCAGUCUGUGACAUUGCUCAGGUGUUAUGAGAGCCCGUGAUACUCUGAGAGCCUUCAGCUCUUCUCAAUUAUUGGGUCUGGUGUAUUGCAACUUCUUCACAAAAUCUCAUGGAUUUCCUACAGGGUUAAGGUCAGGUGGGUUUCAAUCAAUAACAGGGAUACCAUGGUCCUUAAACCAGGUACUGGUAACUUUGACAUUUUGUGCAGAUGCCAAGUCCUGUUGGAAAAUGAAAUCUGCAUCUUCAUAAAGUUGGUCAGCAACAGCAGGAAUCAUGAAAUGCUCCAAAACGUCCUGGUAGAUGGCUGUGUUGACUUUGGACCUCAGAAAACACAAUGGACAGACACCAGCAGAUGACAUCGUACCCCAAAUUAUCAAUGGCUCUGGAAACCUUACACUGGAGCUCAAGCAGCAUGGAUUCUGUGCCUCUCCUCUCUUCCUCCACACUCUGGGACCUUGAUUUCCAAAGGAAAUGCAAAAUUUACUUUUAUAAGAGAACAUAACUUUGGACCACUCAGCAGCAGUCCAGUCUUUUUUGUCUUUAACCCAGGUGAGACACUUCUGACAAUGUCUCUUGUUCUAGAGUGGCUUGACACAAGGAAUGUGACAGCUGAAACUCAUGUCUUGCACACAGUACAUCUGUACGUGGUGGUUCUUGAACCACUGACUCUAGCUGCAGUCCACUCUUUGUGAAUCUCCCACAUUUAUGAAUGGGGUUUGACUCACAAUCCUCUCCAUUGUACCUGUUUUUGUGCACUUUUUUCUACCACGUCUUGUCUUUCCCUUCACCUCUCUAUUAAUGUGCUUGGACACAGAGAUCUGUGAACAGCCAGCCUCUUCAGCAAUGACCUGUUGUGUCUUGCCCUCCUUGUGCAACGUAUCAAUGGCCAUAUUUUGGACAUCUGUCAAGUCAGCAGUCUUCCCCACGAUUAUGUAGCCUACAGAACUAGACCGAGACCAUUUAAAGGUCUUUGCAGGUGUUUUGAGUUAAUUAGCUGAUUAGAGUGUGGCACCAGGGCUCUUCAAUAUUGAACCUAUUGAUACUGAGUUUGGGAUUUUCAUUAGUUAUCAGUUACAACCUUCAAAAUGAAAAAAGAAAUUGAAACAUAUCAGUCUAUGUGUAAUGGAUGAAUGUAAUAUGCAAGUUUCCUUUUAUGAAUGGAUUUACUGGAAUAAAUCUACUUUGUCAUGAUUUUCUAACCAGCACCUGUGUACCAGAAGUAUGUUGAGACUUUUAAACAAAUUUUAAAGAGGGCAAAUGUAUUAAAUUGGGCUUGCUUGUGGAAAGUUCACUACAAAUUCAUUUGUUUUAAAAUAUCUGAUCAGGCCUGGAAUCACUCCUGACAUAUUCACUAAGUGUUUUAAGGGUAACACAUCUUACUUUAUUUUUCCUUUGCUUAUAUUCAACUAGAUGACGAUUAAUACGGACUGCAUCUCUUCUGCUCAGCUGAGUAUCUAAUCCUCUACUAAUCCAGAUGUUCAACAUCUGCUCUUCCUGUUGAAACUCAGCCUUUAAAUCAUCACAUUUUAGUCACUGUUAUCAACUUUCUAAAAUUAUUGCAAUCAGGAUGUUGUAAAAUUUGAUUAAUCUUUAUACAAAAUUUCCAUCUAAUAUCACCCUAAAAGCCAGUUUUCUCUGUGACUUAGGUGUGUCGGAGCCCAGUGCGUCAUCAUUUAACCUUGUUUGUUCCUCGUCUGAGUCAGCCCCAGCUUUCAGCGCAUUAAUGCUGCCGUUGAGUACAUUCAACUUUAUGAGCAAGCGUCCAUCACAGUAAACGGACA